UUAAAAAAAUUUUUUUAUUUCCAUAGGAUUUUAGGAAACGUGGUAUUUGGUUACAUGAGUAAGUUCUUUAGUGGUGAUUGGUGAGAUUUUGGUGCAACCAUUGCUGAGUAGUAUACACUGAACCCAAUUUGUAGUCUUUUAUCCCUCACCCCCUUCCACCCUUUCCCUGAGUCCCCAUAGUCCAUUGUGUCAUUCUUAUGCCUUUGCAUCCUCAUAGCUUAGCUCCCACUUAUGAGUGAGAACAUAUGAUGUUUUGUUUUCCAUUCCUGAGUUACUUCACUUAGAAUAAUAGUCUUCAAUCCCAUCCAGGUUGCUGAAAAUGCCAUUAAUUCACUCCUUUUUGUGACUGCAUAGCAUUCCAUUCCAUAUAUAAAUAUACACAUAUAUUUAUAUAUAUCAGUUUCUUUUUUUUUUUUUUUUUGAGACAGAGUUUUGCUCUUGUUGCCCAGGCUGGAGUACAGUGAUGUGAUCUCAGCUCACUGCAACCUCUGCCUCCCAGUUUCAAGAGAUUCUUCUGCCUCAGCCUCCCGAGUAGCUGGGAUUAAAGGCGUCUGCCACCACACCUGGCUAAUAUUUUGUAUUUUUAGUAGAGACGAGGUUUCAUCAUGUUGGCGAGGCUGGUCUCGAACUCCUGACCUCAGGUGAUCCUCCCGCCUCGGUCUCCCAAAGUGCAGGGAUUACAGGCGUGAGCCACCGUGACUGGCCGGAAGGAACGGUGAAACUUUUAAGGUGGUAGAAUUAUAGGAUCUGAUGACUCAUUAGAUGAAGCAUGGAGAGGGCAACAGUGUGCACAGUGAUGCCUUUUCUUCACAGGCAUUAUAGGAGGGACAGGUUGGUAGGAGGAGGCAACGGGUUUAGUUUUGGAUUUACUGACCAGGGAUGAGGGUUAGCUCCGUAGGUAGAGGUGUUCCGCAGGCAACUGGUGUUGCGGGACACAUCAUAGACAGGAGAGACCGAGCAGAGUUCAGGAGAGCCUUUAUUAUUAAGGUGAUCACCGGCUCAGUCGGACUAGGGUCCACAAAGUCUGAGCCCCGAACAAAGGGAUCAAUCACUUUUUAAGCAGUUUGUGGCGGGAGUUACCUGUUGCACGAAGCGUACUUGCAGAAGCAAGAACAAAGGCAGUUAAUUACUCUUACAUUUGUUACACCACAUGUCUUAUGUCCUUGGGAAUACAUGCUUUUGUAACACUUGCUAAUCAGUUUUGUGACUUUACAGCAGCGCUAGGGAGGGAAGCAAGCACUCGCUGUGCCUCAAGGAAUGUGAAACGAUGGAACACAGAUAAGCCUCUCCACGCAUAGAGGAGAAAUAAGCAGUUAAUAUACUCUUAACCCAGGCCUCGGGUAGGGGAGGUGCUAUAUUACAUUCUACCUCAAAGGAAAAGAAUAUACUUCUUGAUUAGUAUACUUAUAAAAUUCAUUAAUUUCCCUUUCACUGUAUAGUCCUACUAAUUCCCCUAGGGCCUUGCAGUUUUGUCUCAUUCGCUGCUCUAUCCCCUAGCUUAGCACAAAACCUAGUUCUUAACAUUGAUUAAAUAAAUGAAUCCAGUCAGGUGCUCCCAUGGGUGAUCUGGAAGGAGUUAAAUUUGGUAGUCAUGGGAGAUGCUUCUGUGAAGCCAUAGGAGCGAAGGUUGAUUGUGGCGGCAGGACUGAACUCAGCUUCAGAAUCUUUCUGGCCGCUAAACCUUCAGACUAAGUGGUGUCCUUGAGGAAUGCUGCCUCAAAUGGUUCGCGACGUCCUACAACAUGUACAUUUAUUUUGGAAAAUCUGUUUUCGUAAAACCUAGCAUACUUAAUCACCAACAUUUGUUAACUUCAUGGUGGCAUAUUAAUACCUGUCAGGUUGAUUUUAGUUGGAGUGGGACGGGGCUGACCUCACCGUCCCACCCUUCGGUAUGAGGCCGGCGUCUUCACGACCUCGCUUUUCACAACCCCCGUCCCCGAGGGCUUAUUUGGGGCUGUCGGAGUCCCCAGGACAUGGCCCCGGAGUAGGGUGAGGUGCCACAGUUCGAGGUGCCCCAGUUCCCUGCGCCCGGACAGGAGGCGGUGCUCAUGCCCCAGGCCCCGCUGACGCGAUGUAGGCCGAGAUCACCUCAGGGGCUCGCGGUGCAAUCACAGAGCGCGCCGUCGCCGCUCGAGCUCUCCCUGAGAUCCCUCCGCUCAGCGCCUUCAACGCCGUGUCCCGGCACCCGCACCCGGGCACACAAAAACGGGUCGCCCGCGAUUCUCAGGGAUUGAUCGCCUCUUCAGCUAAGUUCUCUUCCGGCCCCGUACCACAGUGCCACAGGCGCAGCCCGCUUCCUCAGGUGCCCUAUCCCGCGCAAGAAGACCACGGCUUCACAGAGUGUUAUUUAAGGGGCGUGGCCAGCGGAACAUCCCGCCCCAUCCUGUGACGCACGGGGUGGCGCGCGUGGGACCCGAGGGGUGGGGCUGGGUUUAGUAGGAGACCUGGGGGCCGGGGCCGCCUGUGGACGACCAUCUGCCAGCUUCUCUCGCUCUGUCGAUUGGGAGGAGCGGUGGCGACCUCGGCCUUCAGUGUUUCCGACGGAGUGAAAUGGCUGCGGCGGCCGGGAUGAUGCUGCUGGGCUUGCUGCAGGCGGGUGGGUCGGUGCUGGGCCAGGCGAUGGAGAAGGUGACGGGCGGCAACCUCUUGUCCAUGCUGCUGAUCGCCUGCGCCUUCACCCUCAGCCUGGUCUACCUGUUCCGUCUCGCCGUCGGCCACCUGGUCCAGCUGCCCGCAGGGGCGAAAAGUCCUCCAUACAUUUUCUCCCCAAUUCCAUUCCUUGGGCAUGCCAUAGCAUUUGGGAAAAGUCCAAUUGAAUUUCUAGAAAAUGCAUAUGAGAAGUAUGGACCUGUAUUUAGUUUUACCAUGGUAGGCAAGACAUUUACUUACCUUCUGGGGAGUGAUGCUGCUGCACUGCUUUUUAAUAGUAAAAAUGAAGACCUGAAUGCAGAAGAUGUCUACAGUCGCCUGACAACACCUGUGUUUGGGAAGGGAGUUGCAUACGAUGUGCCUAAUCCAGUUUUCUUGGAGCAGAAGAAAAUGUUAAAAAGUGGCCUUAACAUAGCCCACUUUAAACAGCAUGUUUCUAUAAUUGAAAAAGAGACAAAGGAAUACUUUGAGAGUUGGGGAGAAAGUGGAGAAAAAAAUGUGUUUGAAGCUCUUUCUGAGCUCAUAAUUUUAACAGCUAGCCAUUGUUUGCAUGGAAAGGAAGUCAGAAGUCAACUCAAUGAAAAGGUAGCACAGCUGUAUGCAGAUUUGGAUGGAGGUUUCAGCCAUGCAGCCUGGCUCUUACCAGGUUGGCUGCCUUUGCCUAGUUUCAGACGCAGGGACAGAGCUCAUCGGGAAAUCAAGGAUAUUUUCUAUAAGGCAAUCCAGAAACGCAGACAGUCUCAAGAAAAAAUUGAUGACAUUCUCCAAACUUUACUAGAUGCUACAUACAAGGAUGGGCGUCCUUUGACUGAUGAUGAAGUAGCAGGGAUGCUUAUUGGAUUACUCUUGGCAGGGCAGCAUACAUCCUCAACUACUAGUGCUUGGAUGGGCUUCUUUUUAGCCAGAGACAAAACACUUCAAGAAAAAUGUUAUUUAGAACAGAAAACAGUCUGUGGAGAGAAUCUGCCUCCUUUAACUUAUGACCAGCUCAAGGAUCUAAAUUUACUUGAUCGCUGUAUAAAAGAAACAUUAAGACUUAGACCUCCUAUAAUGAUCAUGAUGAGAAUGGCCAGAACUCCUCAGACUGUGGCAGGGUAUACCAUUCCUCCAGGACAUCAGGUGUGUGUUUCUCCCACUGUCAAUCAAAGACUUAAAGACUCAUGGGUAGAACGCCUGGACUUUAAUCCUGAUCGCUACUUACAGGAUAACCCAGCAUCAGGGGAAAAGUUUGCCUAUGUGCCAUUUGGAGCUGGGCGUCAUCGUUGUAUUGGGGAAAAUUUUGCCUAUGUUCAAAUUAAGACAAUUUGGUCCACUAUGCUUCGUUUAUAUGAAUUUGAUCUCAUCGAUGGAUACUUUCCCACUGUGAAUUAUACAACUAUGAUUCACACCCCUGAAAACCCAGUUAUCCGUUACAAACGAAGAUCAAAAUGAAAAAGGUUGCAAGGAACUAAUAUAUGUGAUCAUCACUGUAAGCUACAAAGGCAUUCGAAGAGAAUGAAGUGUACAAAACAACUCUUGUAGUGUACUUUUUUGAGUGUGUAAUUCUAAAAGCCAGUUUAUGAUUUAGUAUUUUGUUAACUGAAUGGUUCUAUCAAAUAUAAUAGCAUUUGAAAUAUUUUCUAAUAGUUAUGAUACUUAUACAUGUGCUUUCAGGAAGUUCAUUAGUAAAACAAUUGUUCAGGGGGGAUCUAGGUAAUUGGCAGAUUCUAAAUAAUAUAAUUUCCAGGUAGUAAUUUUACGAGUACUCAUAGCUCUUGCCAAAUAAGUUCAGAGUAUUCAAAUCUUGGACUAGUCCUGCAAGGUAUAAAGAAUAAAAAUCCCAGUGAGAUACUUGGAAACCACAGUUUAUUAUUUAUCUGGGCAAUUAUUGUGUGUGUGAGGAUGGAAGGGUAGGGAAUAAUCGAACAUCUAAAGCCUUGAAUAAGAGAAUACUAAUUGUUUUGGUAUGAUGAUACUCAGAAAUGGAGAUAUUAUAGAAAAAAGAAA